GGCGGGAGGGAGCGGCGCCAUGACCCGCGGGAACCAGCGCGAACUGGCACGGCAGAAGAACCUGAAGAAGCAGAGCGACUCGGGCAAGGGCAAGCGGCGGGACGACGGGCUCUCGGCCGCCGCCCGCAAGCAGAGGGACUCGGAGAUCAUGCAGCAGAAGCAGAAGAAGGCCGACGAGAAGAAGGAGGGCGCCAAGUAGCCCGCGGCCGGGCCCAUCUGCCGCCGCCCCGGG